GUGUUGGCGCUGCCCGAAGUGCGGCGAAACCGGCCGAUUUCAUUCAGUCGCCGACAGUUGCGAAGUGUAGUCACGAACAGCGGAACCGCGUUUCAGUGUCAGCGGAUUCGCGAACGUUUGCCGUCGCGACGUUCAUCCGCUCGCGCGUUUGGGAAACUUGACAUCGUCGCACACCGGCGAACUUGAUUCUAUCAAGUCGGCGAUGGCCGCUGCUCUUGUUCCUACUUGGAUUACGACUUGGUUACUUCAUCUCUAAUACGGGGAACAGUGUCAGUGGAAUCUGUGACUACUAACCCAACUUUCCUUUUAGCGUCGUUGCUAAUUAGUGUGGCUGUGCGAUUAUGUGUGCUCUAGUCAGUGCGUAACUGUCCUGUGAUUGUAGCUCCUUUUUCCCCCUUUUGGAUAUAGUAUGUUGGAACACAGUGCUAUGUAUCUCAACGCUACUCCCCCCUAUGAAGAGGACACCUUCUUUUCAGAGUUUUACACACGGGUUGGACCUUGCGAGCUGCAGGAGCCGGUGUGGGCAAAAAUGAAUGCUCUCACCGGAAUCAAGCAGAAAAGGAAAAAGUCGGAGAACAAGCCGCAAACGCAAAUCAACAAGUGCAACAAUGAAAAGCGACGCCGAGAGCAAGAAAACAUCUACAUAGAGGAGCUGGCCGAGCUGAUUUCCGCCAAUUUUGCGGACAUGAGCUCGCUCUCCGUCAAGCCGGACAAGUGUGCCAUCCUGCAAGAAACGGUCAAUCAAAUACGCCGCAUCAAGCAACAGGACUCCGCCAAUCAACAGAACGCCGAUCCUGUGCAGCAGGGCGAAGUCUCCUCGUCGCGGCCCACAAUCCUCUCCAACGAGAUCUACGGGCCGCUGCUUCUAGAGGCCUUGGAGGGCUUCCUCUUCGUGAUAAACAGCGAGGGAAGGGUAGAGCAUGUGACGGAGAACGUGGACACCUACCUGCGAUACACCAAGGAGGAUCUCAUAGGGAAGAGCAUCUACAAUUUUAUGCACCUGGGCGAUCACACGAAGUUCCAUUCCAAUCUUCUGCCGAUGACCAUCGAGUGGGGCAACGAGCUGCAAGCGCCCACCCGAUCCAAAUCCAUCGAUGUUCGAUUGCUGAUCAAGCCGGAUGAUCUGGAUGAGACGCUAGAGCAGAAGAGUCAAAGAGAGGCCUGCUACGAGUUGAUGCACAUCUCCUCCACCCUGCUACGGGAUCAGCUGUCCGUAUCUGAGGACGACGGAAGCGACAACGGACCCUGCCUGCUUUGCGUGGCCAGCAGGAUUUCGCAGCGUGAAAAGGGGGCGUGCUACUUCGAACAGUUCACCACCAAACUUGACACGUCGGGCAAAAUCAUCUGCGUGGACACUUCGGGCGUUUCCGAGCCGAUUUCGCAAUUGCUGCGCAAAGACUUCAAGGGUCGCGUGCUGCGCGACUUUGUGCCCGCUCAGGACGUUCACAAGAUCACCGCGCAUAUCAAAGAGACGCUCAAUUCGGGUUCCUCAAUCAGUUCGGUCUAUCGCAUCCAGGUGGCUCCCGAUAAGUUAGUGACCGUACAGACUAAGUCCAAGUUUUUCAAGACGAACCCACACAGCAGCUGUGAUACGGACUUUAUUAUGGCCACUCACUCGAUUAUCAGUGACAACGACACUUUGGAUCCAGGUGGGGGAAUUGGGGGACCCCUGAUGAACAGCAUAGUGAAUGGAGUCGGAACCCCCACUCGCAAUGGCCCCCCUUCCAUUGGCGAUUCCGGGCCUCCUUCCUCCUCAGCGUCCACGGCGAGUCUGAUCCAGACAGCUUCAUCCGGCACGAAUUUCCCCACGGAAUUUCUGGACAACGAUUUUCCUUCAUUGGAUUUCCCCACCACAACGUGGGACUUGGAGCCGCCCUGGCCUGAAACUGCUAGGCCGAACUCUAGGCAGAGUCUAACUCCGGUUUCGACACCAACGCCCAGGCCACCAAGUAAUCCAUCGUACAGCAAUGCGCCUACUGUAGUCCAAAGUCCGAUGACGCAUUACACGACGAUGGCCAGUCCAGGACAGCCAAUCACCGCCAAUCAGGGACAGCAGAGCCAACCGAGCAACUACAUGCUGUUGGGUCUCAUGGAGGACUUUUCCGAACAGCCAGUUUAUCCGGUUGAUGAGCAGAAAGAUACCAAAGCACUAGAUGAGCCGAGCAACCAUCCAGGGCCUCAAAGGCUCCGGGUGCUGCUGACCAAUCCUCCAACGGCCAAUGCGAACAGCAGCCAUAUGAACGAUCAGCAGGACGGGAAUCGCGAUCGCAUUCUGAAGGAGCUGUUGAAUCAGCAGGACGACGACCAUGGGGUGCGGAUGGAUAGCAGGAGCAAUGCGCGCCUGAUGAGCAACAGGGGGCAGAUGGUGGAGCCUCCCAAGAACUCCUCGUCUUCCUCCACUGGCAACAAUAUGUUACGACAGUUGCUGAACGACAAGAAUGAUGAUGUCGACGUUGUGGGCAGGGCUGGAAUGAAGAAAAGCGAAUUGCUGCAACAAUUGCUGAAGAAAGAUAGCGACGACGAUGACGAUAAGAAGAACGAGAACAUUAAGCAUGAAGAUAAACUGUUGCAGAACUUGGGAUUCCCUACGUCUUCCACUGGAAGCGAACAGCGACGGGCCCCAAAGCGACCCAGCGACGAAAAAGACGAAAGAGAACACAAGAGGAAUAGCAAUGGGGCGCAGGUGUCAUCUACGGGUUCUUCGGAAAAAAGCGAAAUCUACCAAAAGAACAAGAUGUUGGCGUCGCUGUUGGAAAAUCCAACUCCAACGCCACCAUCGAUACCCCCUAUUCCUGCCAGUGUGAUUUCCGCCACUCCUCAAGAAAAACUGCCUCGAGUGAUCAGCGAUCCGGCCAAACUUAUCGGCGGAACAAUGGCGCAGACCAACUACCGGCAUAAUAAUGCGGGCAGAAUGAACGCCCGACAGCAACCAAACUACCUCAACAACAACAACUUUCAGAGACCUGUUUCUGGAAUGUACAACCAAACCCAGGCCACACCAGAGAACCAAUGGGGAGAGAACAACAACUUCCACGGCGUGGCCGAUCCCGAUCUUUCGGACAUUCUGGACACUGUCCUAGACUUCGUGCCGGACAGUGGCCUGCUGAUGGACGGCGCAGUGGAGACGCAACAGUCCAAAGAGUACGAAGUGGCCGCCAUCAAGAACAUUCAGGAUAUUUUGAUGCAAUGCGAACAGUCGGUGCCGUCGCCCAAUGUGUCUUUGCCCGCCCGACCUCCUUCAUACAAUGCGAAUGUGUCCACUCAAAACAAUCUCAACUACCCGCCUCCGCCCAACUACCCUCAGGUGAAAUACCAGCGACCAAUGGGAGUGAGGAGCGGCGCGCCACCGCACUAUUCCAACGCCAACUACAACGCUCAAACCCAGAUGCAGCUGGAGCAGCAGCAGCAGCAGCAGCUGAAGAGGCGCCAGCAAAUCGAGGAGCACAAGCAUCGACUGUUACAACAGCAGAAGCAACAGCAGCUGCUAAUUCCGUCCAACGCCACAUCGGCCGAGAUCAAUUCGAUGCAGAACAUCGACAAUUUACUGAACACUGCAGUGGCCCCCAACGUGACACUGCAACGAUCCAAUAGCGUACCUGAGGCGCAACUUUCCCCAGGAUACUCCAACCAGAUGCAGGGUGGAAAUACCCUUUCCCAGACGAACCAAAGAGGGGUAAAUCAGGGAAACCAGCAGCAACAGCAGCCCUAUUCGCCGCACGCGCAAAUGCCCUCACCAUUAGGACAGCAGAAUUUCCAAGCUCAAAACAACGUUGCCAGCAACUACAACCAGCAGCAACAGCGCGGUUCGCCGCAGGCGCAAUUCAACGCGCAACUGUCGCCAAGGCAAAACUACCCCCAGCAGGGGAAUGGAGCGGCUGCAGCCCCCAAUUGGAACACGCAGCAACGAUUGACGGUACAGAAUCCUAUGUUGAACGCCCAACUGACGGGAGCGUUGACAGGCCGAGGCAACUUCCAAAGGCCGCCCGGACAACAGGCGCAGCCGCAACGCACGCUGAGUAGCCCGGUGGGCGUGCCGGGCGUGGCACGUCAAUCGUAUGGAGGUGACCAGUUCAACCAGCCCACGUCUCCGACCACCGCCUUCAACCAGACGCAGUUCUUACAGAGAUUGCAAAGGGCUAACAGUGUGCCGACUACCAGUUCGCCGAUGACAGGACAAUAUCCCGGCAAUAAACACUAUCCCCCCAAUCCUCUCCAAUCCAUUCCGCAAAACCCUCUGAUGUACGCGCAGCCGCCCACCCAGCAGGACUCGUAUAACUGUUACGAGGCGCAGCAGCAGCAGUCAAACUUGGCCGGUUACGAGCGCAGGGCCAGCGCGCCCUCUGCGCAGCACAUGCAGUCCGCGCUUGGCCGGCUCCAAUGCAUGGUUUUCGCAGGAAAAUCUUCAUGGGAUUUUUCGCCUGCAGGUGUGGCCGGCUCCAAUCCCACCUCGGAGUUCGUCAGGCAGGAGUUGCGUGCAGUCGUCGGAGCUCGAACUGCUCAAUCCCAACCGACGGGGCAACGGCCGGGUCCUUCUGCAGCUCAACAGCUGCAGCAGCAGCUCGGUCAGCAGGGCGUCGAUUUGGAGUCUUUGGGCCUCACUUUCGAAAUGCCUACUGGUGCAAGUGAUAGCCCAAAACUUUGGGGCGCGAUGGGGUCAGAAAUGGGGUCAAUGUCUCCGCAGCCAGCCACUUCCAGGACUACUAUGGACGAAGGUCGGCCCGGUGAUCACAGCAAAACGUCGCUUCUACAGCAGUUGCUUUCAGAUCAGAGUAAAUAAGCAGUGGUUUGGUGUUGAAACAUGUGUUUUAGGAAGAAUCUGUCUGUCUAUGUAACCAGAUGUAAACCCUUAUUGUUAAGAACCUAUCCAGAUGUUACUGAUUAUUAAUUAUCUAUAGUGUAUGUGAACCAAAGAUGUCGUGUAUACGUGAUCCGUAUUUGCUCAUGUGAUGACUGUACAUUCAUAUAAUGCGGCAGAGUCGGCUAAAACACUUGUUUAUCUUGAUAUUUAUUCUAUUUAACCAUGGGAAUCGUCCCGCUUACACUUAUUUACUUUAAUCUGUCGGGGAGUGGCUAUGACUUGGGGCACAGGCCUGAAUUUGGAUUAUACAAAAGAUGUACAUACAGAAGAUGAACAGAGAGAGAUAUAAUUCUACUAGGUACCUCAUCCGUUAAGGCUGCUUUGCUACUUUUACUUCGCGUGGAAGAAAUCUUUUGCCGCCCAGUUUAUCCAGGCUUAAUCUGACCAGAGACAAAUAAUAAUGAGACUGGAGGUUCCCUGCUAACAUUGAAAACAAGCAGACCUCCGUGUUAGAUCGUGCUGAUAUAGGAAUACUUAACAAUAUUUUUAAUACAUAUUCAGGUUCUGCAUUGAAUUCGGGGCAUUUUUCAUAUAACACUCGUGCCUAAAUUCAAAAGUUUUGGACCUUAUUAUUUUAGUUAAAAAAAUAAUAAUAAAGUUUACAUUAGCUGCGAUCCCAUACUCCUGAUUUCAGUCCCGAGUAUGUUAUACAAAAAUACUUCGAAUUCCAUGUAGAACUUGAAUCUGAAUUAAUCCAUUGAAAAAAAAAUAAACUUCUGACUGGCAUAACUAUGUUUUGAGCUACCGUGUAUACUUCAAGGUAACAGUAACACGUAGAACCACAUCACUUUCAUAUGAAAGUGUUUUUUCAGUCGCCUGUUCUGUACGAUCUAAGCAGGGGUCUGGCUUCGCCGAGCCACCCUGUAUAAAGGGUGUCCGUUUUUGGAGCUAUCUAACGCGGAAAUUUAAAAUUAAUAAUACUUCAUCAUUGCAUUUUUCUCUUCGCCAAAAACGGACACCCUGUAUACAAGAAGCUGAAACUCUGAAAUAAAAAGCGGCAAUACAGCCUUAAGUACCGCAGGCUGUAAUCUAGACAGGUUAGCUGUAUCGAAAGUGCAUUACUACUAUUGCUUGUUGUAUAAUAUGUUUCGGUUUUUAAGGGUGAUGCGCCAGAUAAAUGCAGAACGAUGCGAGAGUGCAAUUGUGUAAAUAUUUAUAUAUAGUUGAGACCUGUUAAUAGUUGUGUAUUAUAUUAUAUUUUGCUACUGGACUUGUUUAUCAAGUGUGCGGCGUCCUGUUCUUCUACUUCUGCUUCCACUCUUCCCAUCUGCCUAGGCGGGGAAGGGUCGAAGACUAGGCGAAACGUUGUGUGGGACUAACCCAGACCGAAAUGAACCUAGAGCUCUGUCUGCUGCGCAUUACCGAAAGAAAACCCUUUUGAAAAUAGUAACUGUUAAUAUUUUAUACAUAAUUUAACGUACGUUAUUUGAAAGAGUCGUUUUUGUUGGACAUUGUGAUAGGCAAGCGCCAUGUUACUGUUGCUAGGUUCGAUCCUAGGCAUUAUUUUUAGUAGGUAGCGUUCAUACUUGGAUUCUAUUGUCAAUUACCAAUUUUUCUCUUCUCCGCAAAAUCCUUUUUAAUGAUACGAAAGUUUAUGAAUGAACAAAUUGAUAGGCGAAAGGAUUAUUUAAUUACACAGAUAUUUUUUGUACAUUAUUGGAGUUUUGAAAUAUAUAUAUUAAAUAAAAAUUUAAAACAUA